AUAGAAGAGCCGCGCCCCUGCCCGCGCCGUCAUCCCUUCGAUUGGCAUCCGAGCCCGCGGCAGCCACAGCUACAGCCGGGAGGCAGCCGCGCGCAACGAGCCGGUGGCGCAGGUGUCUGGGGGUCCCCGAGCGUCGCCCCCGGGAGCAUGAUCGUGGACAAGCUGCUGGACGACGGCCGCGGCGGAGAGGGGCUGCGGGACGCGGCCGGCGACUGCGGCCUCAUGACCAGCCCGCUCAACCUGGCCUACUUCUACGGCGCGUCCCCACCCGCCGCGGCCCCGGGCGCCUGCGACGCCGGCUGCUCGGCGUCGGGGCCGUCGGCGCCCGGCUCGCCCGGCUCCGACUCCUCCGACUUCUCCUCCGCCUCGUCCGUGUCGUCCUGCGGGGCGGUGGAGUCCCGGCCGAGAGGCGGCGCUGGCGCGGAGCGGCUGCAAGUUGAGCCCCAUAUGGGGGUUGGAAGGCAGCAAAGAGGGCCUUUUCAAGGUGUUCGUGUCAAGAACUCGGUGAAAGAACUCUUGCUGCACAUCCGAAGUCAUAAACAGAAGUCUUCUGGUCAACCCGUGGAUGAUUUUAAGACACAAGGUGUGAACAGAGAGCAAUUCACAGAAUUGAUGAACGCAGUAUCAUAUAGUGGGAAAAGGAAAGGACCUGAGUCGUCUGAUGGAUCAGCUUGCAAAAGGCCAGCUUCCUUACAUACCCAGGUUUUGACACCACCUCAAACACCAACGCCUGCGGAGAGCAUGGAAGAUGUUCACCACAAUGAAUCCAAACAGGACAGCAGUGCCGAUCUGCUUCAGAACAUUAUCAACAUCAAGAAUGAAUGCAACCCGGUUUCCCUGAAUACUGUCCAAGUUAGCUGGAUGAGCCCCGUGGUGGUCCCUCAGAACUCUCCCCGAGAGCAGUGUCAGGACUUCCACGGAGGCCAGGUCUUCUCUCCACCUCAGAAAUACCAGCCAUUCCAAGUCAGCAGCUCCCCACACAUGAUGGAUCAGGCUUCCAUGUACCAGUAUCCUCAGAACCAGAACAUGCAGCAGCAGCAACCGCAGCACUACACCCACAACCCAACUCUGGAAUACAACCCUUAUUCCAGAACUUCCCAGUCCCCCAACUAUGAACCAAACCUCUUUGAUAGUCAAGAACCACAGUUCUGCCCAAAUCAAAGUUUUGCAUCCCUUCUAAGUAGUCAUGGGGAAUGUGAGAAUAUUGCUGCUCCCGUUCAGACUUCCCCCAGUGUUCAGCAACAAAAUGAUGCCCACCUGCAAAACUUCAGCGUGAUGCCACAUAGUGCCAGUGAGGCCAUGCUAGGGCAUGAGGCAGGCUCUGUCCCUUUAAGCACUUCACUGCCAUUCCAGAACAUCAUCGGAAACCCAAUGAACACCACACAGUUAGGGAAGUCAUUUUUUCAGUGGCAAGUAGAACAGGAGGAAAGCAAGUUGGCAAAUAUCUGCCAGGACCAGUUCCUUUCAAAGGAUGCAGAUGGUGACACGUUCCUCCAUAUUGCCGUUGCCCAAGGGAGAAGGGCACUUUCCUAUGUCCUUGCAAGGAAGAUGAAUGCGCUUCACAUGCUGGAUAUUAAAGAGCAUAAUGGACAGAGUGCCUUUCAGGUGGCAGUGGCUGCCAAUCAGCAUCUCAUUGUGCAGGAUCUGGUGAACCUUGGGGCCCAGGUGAACACCACCGACUGCUGGGGGAGAACCCCUCUGCACGUCUGUGCUGAGAAGGGCCACUCACAGGUGCUGCAGGCAAUUCAGAAGGGUGCGGCAAUGAGCAAUCAGUUUGUGGAUCUUGAAGCCACUAACUAUGACGGCCUGACUCCUCUACACUGUGCGGUUGUGGCCCAUAAUGCUGUGGUGCACGAGCUCCAGCGAAACCAACAGCCUCACUCACCUGAAGUUCAGGAACUUUUACUGAAGAACAAGAGUCUGGUUGACACCAUUAAGUGUCUGAUUCAAAUGGGAGCAGCAGUGGAAGCCAAGGAUCGUAAAAGUGGCCGCACAGCCCUGCAUUUGGCAGCUGAGGAAGCCAAUCUGGAACUCAUUCGCCUCUUUUUGGAGCUGCCCAGUUGUCUGUCUUUUGUGAAUGCAAAGGCUUACAAUGGAAACACUGCCUUGCAUGUUGCUGCCAGCCUGCAGUAUCGGGUGACACAGCUGGAUGCAGUCCGUCUGUUGAUGAGGAAGGGAGCCGACCCAAGUACUCGGAACUUGGAGAACGAACAGCCAGUGCAUUUGGUUCCUGACGGCCCUGUGGGAGAGCAGAUGGUGCUAUAUUAUCUGUGGGGGUUGAAUAAUUUCACGCGACUGAACUUUUGCAGAUGAGAACUGACUUUUAAGAAUUUAAGAUAUUUUUGAUGGAAAUCUUUCCCUGGGGGAAAUGAGGGUGAUUGUGGCUAUGGGUUAGGUCAUUACAUAACUUUGAUAAUCACAAAAUAAAAUAUAUGGAGUGCAGUUUCUCCAUUUCUUUGAUUCACAGCCCUCAUUAUGACCAUAAUGUUAUAGGAACCCAUGCUUGUAGAGCUCUUUUUAACUUAAAGUGACACUCUUGAUAACUUGUGAAGUUUUCAUGUAUAUUAUACCUCAUAAUAGGAAAACUUUGCAGUGUAAGGGUUCAGCUGAGGAAGUGGAGAUUCACAGAGGUUCCAGGGACAGAACCACCAUGACAUAGUAAACGGUAGUCCUCACUAAGCCCAGCGUUUGCUUCUACUUCAGGUGUGCGGUGUGCAGUCAUGUAGUGACAUUCUCACGGAGAGCCGUUUGACUCCUCACUCAGUGUUCUCAGAUUUCUCCUUUCUUUCUGCGUCUGUGUGUGUGUGUGGAGAGGGUCUUAUUCUUUGUUCUAUUGUCAGACUAUGGUCAUUGUAUCUUUUAGCAGCUAUCAGUUGCAUCCCCUACCCAAAUCUUCUUGCUUCUAGUUUGUUUCUUUUAAUCUGCUAUGGGCUGAGAGAUAAUAAAAUUUGUUAGAUGGGAGUAUAAAAUCAAUCAUUAGGCUCAGAAUGAGCCUACGGGCUUUCCUGUGAUCCAUAAAGUUAUGUGCAGAUGCUUUAAUUUUUAGAUAUGAAGAUAGCUCUUUUGACUUGAAGGGUAUUAAGGAUCUAUUUGUUUGUAUAUAAGGUGUUCUGGGUUCUUGUUGAAGGUGACUUCAAGAUAGGUGAGAUACUUCUGUAGUCCUAUACCAUAAUUAUUGCCUUGUAGUCAAUGUUCUCACAAAUAGCAAGAGUAAAGAUUAGGAAAAGGAAUAUAGGUCUUAUUUAAGCGGUUGGAGAUUUUCAAUUUUAGAUAAUAGUAAUAGAGGUGCUCUUCUAUUCAAGAUUAUUAUAGGAGAUCUGUAGUAAGUUUUGAAAGGACUUCUACCGUGUUUCCCUGAAAACAGUCCUAACUGGAAAAUAAGCCCUAGCAUGAUUUUUUCGGGAUGACAUCCCCUGGACAUAAGCCCUAAUGCAUCUUUUGGAGCAAAAAUUAAUAUAAGACCUGGUCUUAUUUUUGGGGAAACACGGUAGUAUUUUUUAAAGUCACCUUAAAAUCUUGACAUGUUGCAUAUUUCUUCUUAUACUUACAAAUUGACAGGAGUGGUAUAGAGUAUGUAAGAAAGGAAUGAAACUUUGAAGGAAAUAUGGUACUUUGACCGUUAAAAAAACCCUCACAAAUCCUAUUCAUUUCCA